CUAUGGUACCGGUUCCAGCAGUUUUGAAAACCUCUUCAAGGCCUUGAAAUUAUACAACUUGUUUCAGAAAUGUCCAGGGAAAAUUCUCCAUAUAUUCAUAUUGAAAGAACACUCUUAAUUAUUAAGCCGGACAUUAUUAAUUAUGCAGAUAAAAUAGAAGAGCUUAUCUUACAAAAAGGAUUCUUGAUAAUACAGAAGAGACGUGUUCAUUUGACACCAGAACAAGCAAGCGAAUUUUAUGCAGAACAUUACGGGAAAAUAUUUUAUGCAACAUUAAUUGCCUACAUUAGUAGUGGUCCGAUAGAAGUACUAGUCAUUGCUAGAGAAAAUGCUAUAUCUAUUCUUCAUGAAUUAAUUGGUCCACAAAAUGCAUUUAAAGCUAAGGCGACGGCACCUGCAAGUUUAAGAGCUAUUUAUGGUACAGAUGAUCAACAGAAUGGAAUACAUGGAAGCGAUUCGUUUACAAGUGCUGAAAGAGAAAUCAGAUUCUUCUUCCCAGAUAUGAUCGUUGCACCGAUCCCCGUAAGACUUGCAGCAAAAGAUUACUUAGUUCGGAAUGUAAACCCAACUUUACUAAAAGGUUUGACAGAACUGUGCAAACAAAAACCUAAGGAUCCAGUAGUAAGUUGAUAUUUCUUAUCGUAUGGGCUUAUUGAUUUUUCCGAAGAUAUUUUCGAGCUCACGUGAUAGCAUGUAAUAAAUACAGGAUCAUAAAGUUCUCAUGGUUUUAAAUGAACCUGGACUGUUUUUGUUAGAGGCUUUAAUUUCUUGCCGUUGAUUUAUUAGACUGAGUUAAUUAAUCACUGAAACAUUUUUUAAUAUCGAAAUUUAUUGAUUCAUAGGUUUGCUUUUAUUCUAGUAUAGACUUAAUAAACACUAGAAUGAAGUAUGUACCUAGUUAAUGGAUUCCAAAUACUGUAGAAUUUAAAUUCUUAGUUCUAACAAUGGCCACAAUUAAAAUAAAAGUUUGGAUAAAAUAAUGGUAGUACUCGG